AAGCCUCUUUCUUUUGCUCGCUUGAAUUCCACACUGUCCAAAUUCAUUUGUAUACUAUUCGUGGCAACCACAACAAAAAAUUAAAUGAUCACUUAAUUAAUAAAAAAACAUCACUCAAACAAUCCCAAGUGUCAUAUGCGGGUCUCAGUGACUCAAAAUCUGUUUCAAAAAGUACAGUCUUGUUACCACAGCCUAACUUGGGGGCCAGCACCAAGCCCUGCCAUCCUUCCACUAGCACGUACUCUAGAGGAAAUUUUGCAGACCAAUUCCCUACCUGUAAAGACGAAAUUCUUUGCAUAAACAACUGACUUCUCUCACACAACAACGCUUAUACCAUUUAAUGGGCGCAGAAAGUGACGAGUUACGCUCAAAACUUGCGGCUCGUAUCCAAGAGCUUCGAGCGAAAAGAAAGGCACCGGAGCAAGUAAAUCGACAAGCCCUAAUUGAGGCUCGAAAAGCAAAGGCAAAAGCCCGUAUUGAAGCUAAAAGACGUGCCAAAGAACAGUCGCAAUCGAAACAGGAAAACAAGGAGGAUGCCAAGGAAAUUGUCGUCAAAGAAGAAUCUUCAGAGAUAAACAGCGUCGUACACUACACGAAUGAAAAGAGCCGUUCAGUAGUAGACAACAUCAACGUCUCCUACGGCAAGCUUUUGGUCGGCGACGAAGCCUACGUCGGCGACAAGUUAAAAGGUUCGAAGAAGAAGAAGGGCCCUACAGAUGUUUAUGGAGCCUUAAAACAUUUGGAAGCAAAGGAGAGACGACUUUCGAAGUUGGAGACCGACAAAGUCAACAAGAUCAAGGAAAGUGACUCCUGGCAUCGUGCAUUGCUUCAAGCUGAAGGCAAAAAAAUGCAAGACAAUGAACACUUGCUGAAAAAGACAGUCAAGAGAAAGGAAGCCGCCAAGAAAAAGUCUGCAAAAGAGUGGAAAGAGCGGUUACAGAACAUUGAAAAAGCACAAGCUCUUCGCCAGAAACGUCGGGAGGAAAAUCUACAGAAGCGUCGCGAGUCUCGGAAAACAAAAGGCUCCAAGUCGAAGAAGAAGAAAAAAAGUAAAAAGGCAGGUUUUCAUUAGAUAAAUUGUUUUGGUAACGGUAUUUCCAGAGGAGAAUCUAAUAAGAGGAGGGGUGGAGAAACAUUGAUUAAGGGGAGUUUGUAAGUAAGCAGCAGCUAGAAAAGUUUACAUGGCUUGGAGGCAGAGACGAAAGAAGUCGGACGGAGAGUAUUUUCUUACCAUUUCGUUUACGAAGUAGACUGUCUCUUGCGGCCCCGACCAGAGGUUGCCUUUUUUUGUUCAGUCGGACCUGUCGUAACGGGGGAGUGAGGAGUAGCGUUCAUUGCCGUAGACAAUCGCUUUUUGCGCUUUGUUUUCCGCGUCCGUUCGAUGCGAAUCUUUUCGCCUUCUGCGACAAGUGGUCCGCUAAAUACGAAAAAACCAUCCUUACUAGCAGCAGCCAUUUCCUCAAUGUAAAGUUCAGUGUCAUCAAUGAAUGGAUCCGAACGAUCAUAAUACAAGUCUGCAUAACGACGCCGUUUUCGUUUCUUCGGCUGCUGUUCUUGGCCAUUAGCACUUUCAGCAUUGGCGACUCGUUGAGAAAGCGGCAAGUCAUCAGACUUGCCUUCGCUGUCUGAUGAAUCGCUAAGGUCUUUUUUGUCUGCAUUAGGGUCUUCCAUAGGCCCGUAAAUUUUUUCUACCUCUUGGGGAUAGUUGAUGUGAACAUUUUCUCUUCCAGCCAGUGGAAUAUUGAUAACCAAGGUUUUCUGUUCGGCAGCAGUGGCCAUUAUGAAGAAGGAAGCAGAGAUGACGGGAAAGGAAAAGAUGGAAUAGUAGAGGGACGGUAGGAGAGCAACUGAGAAGCAACAAGAGAGCUCAGAUUUUGCCAACAAAGACAAUAUAGGAAAUGUACUAGAAUAUCGAAACGUAGAUAAACGUUGACGGUACCUAGCCCAGUAUGAAUAGAUGAGAAACAAGUUUAUAAGCUGC